CCCACGCUUUGUUUACAUGUACAUAUUUACGACGCGUGAUUUGGCUAACAUUUUGCAACUUUUUCAAUACUUAUUAGUAGACUUCUUUCUAAAAACCAAGAAAAUUAAAUUAUGGAAAAACGGGAAGUUGCAUUACGCGAGGCUUUGACCCGGAAUGAGGAAGAAACGGCGCGAUGGAAAAGUUACAAGGAAGAAAACAUUACAGCUAUUGAAAAUCUAGACAAAUUUCGUAAUUACCUCACUGUAGAUGUAAUGGUUCCAAUAGGUCAAAAAGCUUAUAUGCCGGGCCAACUUAUUCAUACAAAUGAAGUGCUCGUAGGUCAUUAUCAAGGAUAUUUUUCCAAGUGCUCUGCGCAAAAGGCAAAAGAAAUAUGUGAGUACAG